UCAUUAAAUGGAGAUGAUCCAUGCCAAGUCCCACCGACAGUUCCUCUAUACUUGCGAAUUGCGAUUCAUCUUUCGAGCAAAUCUACAUCCAUGUCCUCAGGCGACACUAACCUUCCUCGCGUCCUCCUCCUCCCGAGCUCCGGCAUGGGCCAUCUCGUUCCCUUCGUUCGCCUCGCCAGCGCGCUUUCCGAACGUUGCAUCUCAGUCUCUCUCCUCGCCGUCCGCCCCACCAUAUCCGCCGCCGAAUCCCUCCUUCUAUCCUCCCUCCCAUCCUCCCUCCUUCUCGACUUCCCCAUCAAACCUCUCGAUCCCUCUCUCUUCCCCCCGUCCUCAGAUCCCUUCUUCCUCCAAAUGGAAGCUCUUCGCCGCUCGGCCGACCUACUCCCUUCGUUCAUCUCCACCUGCUCACCACCGGUCUCCUCCCUCAUCAUAGAUAUCUCCAUCGCCUCCUCCUUUCUCCCAGUUGCUGCCGCCGCGAAAAUCCCCUGCUUCGUCCUUUUCACCUCCUCUGCUUCCAUGCUCGCUCUCUGCUCUGUUUUCGCCUUCCUCUCCACACCCACCGCCGGCGCUGACGUUAACAUCGCCGGCGGCGUCCUCAAGAUUCCAACUUCCUCUCUCCCGCCGCCUCUCCGUGACCCGAACCACCUCUUUACCACCCAAUUCGUGGAGAACGGUCGGGCGCUUGCUCAAGCAAACGGUAUCCUCGUGAAUACAUUUUCCGCAUUGGAGCCCGAAGUACUCGUUGCGCUCAACUCCGGCGCGGUCCUUCCCGGACUCCCGCCGGUGAUUGCUAUAGGCCCGUUGCCUCCGGUAAAAAAGCAACCAUCUUUGCCCUCGCCAGCACUACGGUGGCUCGAUGAACAGCAGGAGAAGUCGGUGAUGUACGUGAGCUUCGGAAGUCGUACGGCGAUGUCGAAGGAACAAAUCAGAGCAUUGGGUGCCGGGCUGGAGAAUAGCGGGUGUCGGUUUUUCUGGGUGGUGAAAAGCGCGAAGGUGGAUAGAGAAGAGGUAAUGGAGAUUGAGGAAUUGUUGGGAGAAGAGUAUGCGAAGAGAGUGGAAGAGAGGGGAUUGGUGGUGAAGGAGUGGGUGGAGCAGGAGGUGGUUCUUUCUCACCGCGCCGUGGCCGGAUUCAUGAGCCACUGUGGUUGGAAUUCAGUGACGGAGGCGGCGGCGGCGGGGGUGAGGAUCCUCGCAUGGCCGAGAAUGGGAGAUCAAAGAGUGAAUGCGGCGGUUGUGGCUAGAAGCGGACUGGGAAUUUGGCCGGAGAAGUGGGCGUGGGAGGCUGAAGAAAGAGUCGUGGCGGCGGAGGAGAUAGCGGUUAAGGUGAGGGAAAUGAUGAGAGAUGAGAGGCUGGCGGAGACGGCGGCGCAGGUCCAGGCGGAGGCGACGGCGGCGGUUCAGGAAGGUGGGAGCUUGGAUCAGAGCUGCGGCUAUUUGUUAAAGAAAUUGUGAUGCGAGAGAAUUGUUAUCAAGAUUUUAUGAUCAUGUUUCGUUUAUGUUCAAUUUUCAAACGGGUUCAAUCAGGCUUGUCUUCUUUCUGUAAUUGCAUUCUGACUCGACUUGAUUAUAGGUUGUUUAUAAUUAUAUGUUUAAGCAAUUAAAUAAGUUUGAACAAAUUUUAGAUA